AUGCAAAUUUUGAUUAAAGCUACUUACAUCACUCAAAAACUAAUUCAGUACUACUACAAGAAUAAACUUCAGCAAAUCGCAUCGUAUUCCGAUGAAUUAUACUUAGCUUUUGAGAAUGAAAAAUAUUAUUUGAUGAGUGAAAUACUCUAUUCUUGGGCUGAUAGACAACAAAAAGUUAGCAUUGGAACUUUAUGGAGUCAGCAAAAGCACUACCGUCUCUUGGAUACAAUCCAUCAACAAUUUGAUUAUUUUGGUGAGCUUUUGGAGCAUACAUUAGCUGGAUUACAGUAUCUGCGCGAAAAGUUUGAUCAUGAAGCAUUUGACUUACUGUAUUCAAAAUUUCAACAGUUUGCUCAUUAUUUUUUAUAUUAUUCAAUUAUUGUGUCACGGCAGCCUCCAUCAGUUGUAAUCAAAUGUGGUGAUGCAGAAAAUCAUCGUCGUAGUCGUUUUUGGUUCAAUACUGAAAUUAGAAUUCUUGGAGGUCGAGCAUUUGGUCUUGAUGUGCAUGGCAGAGAUAGUGAAGUUCAGUGUUUUUUGAUAACGGAUGACACAGCCCGCCAACUUUUAACAAAUGCUUAUUAUAAUGUGUUUGAUAAUGAAGAAUUCUUAAUAGAGCCAACAACUGCGAUAUUUGCUUUGAAAAAUGAGCAAGGCCUGAAAGCCAAAUUUGAUGAUAUGCGUGUUUCAAAAAAAGGUCAGUUAAGAAGGGAUUCUGUGGCUACAAAGCGAUACUGUCUUUGUUACAAUAUUCAGAUGCAAGCAUCACAUGGCAUUACUUUGGUUGGCAAAAAAGUUUCUCUACCAUUUGCAAUUUUGGUAGGGCCAAAAAGUGACGUUGAAGCACGUUUAUUUCUCGAGAGAUCUUUUGCUGAUUUGGUUAAACGGCCACUUAGUGAAAUGCCACAAAGCGUACAUUUCAGUAAAAUGGCAGAAGCAUUGGAAAUGAAAUUUCAAGCAAUUGUUGAAACAGCCCAAAAACCUACUGAUGAGCCGUUAAUAAUCCAACCCAGAAUGUUUACCUCAAAAGAAAAAGAACAUAUAAUUUUACGUUUGAAGCCAACUGCAGAUGGACAAAUUGUAUUAGAGAACUUUUUAAAACUAGCAGUUUGUCAAGAAUAUACAACCAAAAGAGCAUCAAGUGAAGGUGAAUGGAAACUUGUAGCAUUUUUUGAUUGGUUUUUCAAAAUUGCUGAAAUUAUCAAUAAAUAUCUUUAUCAGAUGUGGACAGAUGGUUUAAUAUAUGGAUUCUGCGGUAAGGACGAAGCGGAAAAUUUGUUACGUAUGUGCUCGCGUUCUUGUUUACUCAUACGGUUCUCAGAUGUAGAAUAUGGUAAAAUAAAGAUAAGUGUUCGAUACCGUAAUGGAGGUUUGUACACUUAUUUUUUUAAAUAUUCAUUUAUUUCCAGUGAAACUUAA